GUUGCACAAAAGCUCGAUUAGACUACCUGAGAACACUUUGCAAUAAUGUCUGACCUUUGUAAAGGUAAGACGAGAGAUUCCAGUAUAGUAGACACAAUGGCCCGUGGUCACCUAAAGGUGAAUGCAAAAUUCAAAGCCAUUGAAUGUGUACCGCAAGGUUCCAAUACCAAACAUUAUUGUUGUGAAUUGAGCAUGGCUCGUCGCCCACAGACACAGUAGUGUACUUCGAGACAAUAUCUACCGAGUAGGAGGGCUUGAAAUUCGGGAUUCCAGUCAAAUUCUUGAGAGAAGGUCAAGCGAGACAGAUACAAACAGUUACAAAUACGAGUAAACCUGUGUGCCUGUGUAGAACAAUCGUCGAAUACCGUACCCUAUACG